CAACCCUGCCUUGCCCCUCAUGCAAGAGUGGGGUGGGUCUCGCAAUCCACAAACCUCACCGUCUCUCCUUAGUUUUCCCCAAGCAAAGAGAAGAACUACCCAGAAGCCUAUAAAGGACAUUAGAGAGAGGUCCCUCCCGGGGUUCGUGGGCGUCAUCGCAAGCAGACAAGAAGCAUGGACUCUACGCAAGCAGCUGCACGGGGGCAUGCCAGCCCUGCAACACCACCGCAUCCAGAUACUCUGCUCUGGCCUUCAAUCGGCUCGAGCAAUGCCGCUUACGAUUCCUUUCACCCCCAAUCGCCUCUACUCCCGCUGGCGCCAGCAUCGUCACGGCCUCAGAAGCGUCACGCCUACGAGGGAGACCUUCCCACGGCAGCCGCGAUUCUUCCAAAACGGAGAAGGAUCGAGACCGCACACUACUCCCCCCAACCCGGCGGCGAUCGUAUAUUCGCAUGCAGCCCAGUUGACCCCAGGCUAGCGCUUCUGCCGCCUCUGCUGUAUGAUAUGGGACCCGACGUCGGUUCCGCGGUAGGGGAGCCAGUUGCAGAGCUGCCAGAGAGCGCAUUUCGCGAUCAAAUGAUGUCGCAAGAAACAAUGACGGUAAUCGACCCCGCUGAGCUCACCCUAUUGCCGCAGCCGCGACACCUGCACCGCCCGACUCUCGAGGCAUCAGUCGUAUCACCUGACACAGCCGAGGUGACUGGGCUCGAGCGAUCGUUCCUGCCCCAGCCCAACACAGACCUCGUCAGCACUAUGCCGCUGGUUGCUAGCUCUGGCCCGGUCGAACAGGACGAACAGGACGAUCCCGCAUUCCUCCAGGUGCCCAUGGCCCCUAGAAGAAAUCCUAAUAUAACCGCCCCCGUUGUCUUUGCCAGUUUGCCCGGGGAACCAAUCGUCCAGUACCAGUACGGUCAACACCUGGAAACGGUACACAGACCCCCAAGCGGGACAGAUGAUCGUGGGUUGGUCAGGAGUCGGCCCGUCGUCCCGUUAGGUCCGACAGAGCAUUCCCAAGCCCCCAUAGCGGACAGGGUCAGGGGCGGGCCUUCGUUAGUCGACAGCAUCCCCAGGUCGACCCCAGCCCCACAAUCCAUAGCGCUGGAACGCUCCGCACCCGUGCACCCUCCUCUCCGGCCGGUCAGUUCGGAUCUCUACCCAGGACCAGUCCACCCGACGCCUUGGGACGUUGUACAGAGGACUCGCGCUAACGACGCCGAACCCAUCGUGACCAGUGGCGUGGCGACAGCCGAUCCGUGUGGCAUGGCCGCCGAUGCUCUGGCCGUCCCCCUAAUGGAGCAUCAGAAACAGGGGCUCCUCUGGAUGAAAGCGAUGGAGGCAAGCGGUCAGAAAGGCGGCAUACUGGCAGACGACAUGGGUCUGGGGAAAACCGUCCAAGCGCUGUCCCUCAUCGUGUCCCAUCCUCCACGGAGCAUCGAACGGCACGCAACCUUGGUCAUCGCUCCGGCAGGCUUGAUCCAGCAGUGGAAGCACGAGAUCGGAAAACUACUACGUCCGGGGCAACAUCAGCGUUCCGUGUAUGUGUACAUGGGGGCCGGCCGCGGGAUGAACUUCCCGGCGCUGAAUCGACAUGAUAUUGUGCUCACCACGUUCGGAACAGUCACCGCAGAGCUAAGACACAGAGAGAACGAUCGCCAGCUACAAACGCGCAACUCAGCCCCAGUCUCCCGUAAUUCACCUAUCUUGGGGCCAACCAGCAGAUGGCACCGGGUAAUCCUGGACGAGGCGCAGUACAUCAAAAAUGAUCGAUCCAAGGUCGCCAUAGCCUCAUGCGCUAUCGAUGCGACGUAUCGGUGGUGUCUGAGCGGAACCCCGGUUAUGAACAAUAUGCGCGAGCUCUAUUCCCUGUUAAAGUUCCUGCGGGUGCAGCCGUACUCCAACCUUGAUAGCUUCACCACUACCAUCCAGCGACCGCUGCAAAGUAGCUGGGGGCACCUCCGGGCCCGCGGAACCGCACAGCUCCGGAGUCUGAUGAACACGGUCAUGCUGCGACGGACCAAGGCAUCAACCAUUCGGGGUCAACCUAUCUGCCUAUUACCGUCCAGGACGACGGAGAACGUAUACGUAAGCUUUAACGAGCAGGAACGCCAGUUGUACACCGCACUGGAGAGCCACACACGGCUGCAGUUCAACCGCAACUUGAACGGCAGCGUCCCCAAUCGAAACGUGUCCCGCAUGAUGGGCCUACUGCAGCGUCUUCGACAGGCAUGCUGCCAUCCCUUCCUCAUCUCCGACUUCGCCCCGGCAAUGCUGGACCCACCGGAGAGUAGGGAACACCGCGAAGCGAACGCCAUGCGCUUCGCCGCCGCCGUCAUCGCUCGACUUCGCGGCAACGACAGCAUCCACGAAUGUCCGAUCUGCUACGAGGAUGGCGUGGACAACCCCGUCAUCUUUCACCCCUGUGGUCACAGUGUCUGCAUGGAAUGCUUCACGAGGAUUUCCCGUCUAGACACCUCAACGCAGCAAGAUACGGGCAGCGAUGGGUUGAUGCUUUGCCCCAGUUGCCGGGUAGCCAUCGACCCCACCAAGGCGACCGAUUACGUCUCCUUCGCCAAAACGCACUCACUUACUUCUCCCAACCCCGGCGAUUCGCACAACCUCCUCGGGAUGCUCGGACGCCUGCUCGACCGGGUGGAAAUGAGUUGCGAAAAGGAUAACGAGGAUGGCGACGGCGUUGGCGAUGACAGCAGCUUGACGGGGAUCUGGGCCGCCGGCGGGAACGGACAGGCAGGCCCGCCGCUGGAGUUCCGUACGAUCCCCGAGCCGUCCAGUAGGUCCUCUGGGCUAAGCUGGGUAAUGUUGCGAAAGCAGGCCCUGACCAAUCCCGCGGCGAAACGGAGAUAUCAGCGGUUCCUAGAGGGGAAAUGGAUCAGUAGCUCGAAGAUCGAAAAGGCAUUGGAGAUCGUGCGAGGCAUCCAGGCCCGGGGGGAGCGCAGCGGUGAGCGCGAGAAGGUCAUCAUCUUCAGCCAAUUCACCGCCAUGCUGGAUCUGGUCGAGGUCCCUCUCGCCCGCAACGGCUGGGGCUACCGCCGUUUCGACGGAGCCAUGAAACCGGCCGACCGUCACUCGGCCACAGUGGAGUUCGCGACCGACCCCAGCUGCUUUGUUUUGCUAGCAUCACUCAAGGCCGGUAACUCGGGGCUGAACCUCACAGCGGCCUCGCAGGUGAUCAUCCUGGAUCCGUUCUGGAACCCGUACGUUGAAGAACAAGCGGUGGGGCGCGUCCACCGGAUCGGCCAGCGGAAACCGGUGCACGUACACCGCAUCUCCGUCCCUGACACGGUGGAGGAUCGGAUCCUGGACCUCCAGGACAAGAAACGACAGCUGAUCGAGAAAGUCCUCGACGAUAGAGUCGACUUGCAGCCCGUCAGGCUGGAGAAUACCGAUCUCGCCUAUCUCUUCGGAGUUCCGGGGUGGUCCCGACCAUUAGAGUGACGCGUUUUCUCGGAAAGCUGCUUGGACUGUAUGUAUGGGACAAGGGUUUAUGUUGACAUCGUCGCGUGGACUAGGGGAUCGAGGAACGCGGGAUGACGCGCAGCAGAUGGGCCAUACAAAAGCUGCCAAGAACACACUAAGACAUCCAGUCAUCAAUGAUUCCAAGCCAACAGCUUAGUAUAUAAUCUUAUCAAUCGGCUUUGCUCACAUUUGCACUGUUGUUAC